AUGCAGAGAGUUCAUAAGAGGAGAGAUUUGAUCGGCUUAUGAUGUUCAGACUAAGUCUCUUUCUCCUUCUGCUGCCCUGCUCCUCAUAUUCCAUCCUAUUGGGAUGGGUGGAGUCUCCUGGGUAUCCAAUGGGCUAUUUGCCUCAUGCCAGUUUAAACUGGAGCAGGUGUGCCCCCAAAGGUCAAACCAUCUCCAUCAGACUGAUCCACCUGGACUUGGAGAACAGCCAAGACUGUGAAAACGAUGCUGUUAAGAUCUUUUCAAAUGGGAACCUGAUAGAUGUUUUGUGUGGGAAGAAGGAAUAUGAGGAGCUUCAGGAGAUGGUGAAUCCAUUGUUGUUCUCUUCCCCCGGUGGCUGCCUCACACUUUUGUUUCACUCAGACUAUUCCAAUACCAAGAGACACACUGGCUUCAGAGGAUUUUAUACGCUUCAAGACUUCAACGAGUGUGAAGACCAAAACAACGAAUGUACUCAUUUCUGUCACAAUUUCAUCGGAGGAUACCACUGUUCCUGUCGUCAUGGUUACUACCUCGCCGAGGACAAUCACACUUGUACGGUGAGCUGUAAUGAGGAUCUGUCUGGCUUGAAAAGAGGUGAAAUAUCCAGCCCUUCCUGGCCUGGGACUUAUGCUGAAAAUGCCAAGUGUAAAUACAGCCUCUCUGUGGAGGAGCACCUUCAGCUGGAGCUGCACUUCUCUGAGGAUUUCGAUGUGGAGCAAAGUUCUGAUGGUCCUUGUAUAGAUGAGCUAAAAAUUGAAACCUACUCUGAGACCCUGGGUCCAUUCUGUGGUAACAAACCUCCCCCAUCUCCUCUUCUCACUCACUCAAGCCAGAUCCAAAUCGAUUUCACCUCUGAUGGGUUUGGGACAAACAAGGGCUUUAAGUUAAACUUCAAGACCCGAGAUAAGGUCUGUCGAUCAGUCGUGACCUCAAACUCAAACGUGACUCCUCUGAAGGAAGAGUAUCACCGGGGCGAAUCGGUGACAGUUAAAUGUCUACUUGGCUAUGCUGUAAAUUCAGAGGAAAUUGAGGGUAUGUUAACAGAGUAUGAGACCACCUGCCAGAGCACAGGUGUAUGGAUGCCAAGCUACCCCUGUGAAAUUGUAGAUUGUGGUUUACCGGAUAUUAAAGACCACAGCCUUCUUCAGGUGGUGAAUCCAGACGACCAGGACACCAAGUAUAAUAGCCAGAUCACCUUUCACUGCAGCUCACAAUACUACACACUGGAAGGAGAUGAAACGUACACUUGUAAUGCCAAUGGUGAGUGGGUAUCAGUGGACGGCGGGGCAGAGUUACCAAAAUGCAAAGAAGUGUGUGGGAUGCCUCAAAAAGAAUUGUUAAAUGCAGGAAGAAUACUGGGAGGAGAGAAUGCAAAACUAGGAGAAAUACCUUGGCAGCUUUUGAUAAAAUAUCCAACUAGAGGAGGAGCAUCACUGAUAAAUGAUCAGUGGGCCGUCACGGCUGCACAUGUUGUAGAAGGGCAACAUAAAGAUGCUUUUGUAAUCUAUGGUGGACUGGUAAAUGCAAGAAAUUCUGAUACAUUGCCUCGCAUUCCAAUCGAUAAAAUCAUCCUGCAUCCUGGCUAUAGUACAAUGUCUUCAUCUACAACACCAAAAAAUUAUGAUAAUGAUAUUGCUCUGAUAAAAUUCUCAUCCAAAGUGAAUCUUGGCCCAAACCUUCUUCCUAUUUGCCUCCCAGAGGUAAACAGGGGCGUGAAUGAAAAUGAACAAGGCACGGUGUCUGGAUGGGGGGCUACAAUAACAAUAACAGGUAGAAACAGGACCAUAUCUCCACACUUACAGUAUGUCAGCAUUCCUGUUAACUCUCUCACUGAGUGUAUGGAUACACCUCUUUCAAACUCUAACGAAGCUAUGACCUUUACCAAUAAUAUGUUCUGUGCAGGAGAAAAAGGGAAGGACAGCUGCCAUGGAGACAGUGGAGGUCCAUUUAUUGUACCCAUGCUGUCUUCAGGGGGGCCUUAUUAUCUGAUUGGCAUUGUGUCCUGGGGAGAAAACUGUCUGGGAGGUGAUAUAAAGGGGAAAAAAAAAGGUUAUUACACCAAGGUGGAGAAUUAUGUAAACUGGAUUAAAACAACAAUCCAGGACAACUGAACACAGCUGAGAAUAAAACGGUUUUGUUCAGUCAAAAUCAAUCAAUAAAUAUCAAUUAACUUGUACUGAUUAUUUUAUUACUUCAUUUUCCAAAUUAACAGAUCUUCACCAACUCUUGAAAUCAAAUAUUCGAAUAUUAAUAGGAAAUCAAACCAAUUAAACUGGAAGCAUAUGCAGUGGAAAAUAUUUACGUUUAAAGGAAGUGUUCACAUAUCAUCUGCAGACAUUGUCCUUUUUUGAAAGUUAACAUGUUUUGCUAAUGUGUUAUGGUGUGCAGUAUGUAAGUAGAUGUUAGUAUAAAUGGUUCUGCAUAAUGUAAAGAGCUAAUUUUUAAAUCAUUUUAACUCCAUACGUCAUUCUCCAAAUCUAUAUAUCAACUAUGAUCAAAAUCAAAUAUACUUUGUAAUAUGUAUUAGUGUUGCAUAUUGCACAGACUCAUUUAGCUAAUAAAUGCUAA